CCGGGCGGCCCCGGCAGCUCCGCCGCCCGUCCGCCCCCGUGCACUGGCCCCACUGCACUGCCGCCGCCGAGACCGGCUCCGGCACCCGCGCCCCAGGUGAUGGUGUAGCAGCAGCUGCUCCCGGCAGCAGCACCCCGAGCGCGCAAAGCUGGCUCCCUGCGCCAUGGUCACCCACAGCAAGUUCCCCGCCGCCGGGAUGAGCCGCCCCCUCGACACCAGCCUGCGCCUCAAGACGUUCAGCUCCAAGAGCGAGUACCAGCUGGUGGUGAACACCGUGCGCAAGCUGCAGGAGAGCGGUUUCUACUGGAGCACGGUGACGGGCGGUGAGGCCAACCUGCUGCUGAGCACCGAGCCGGCCGGCACCUUCCUCAUCAGGGACAGCUCGGACCAGCGGCACUUCUUCACCCUCAGCGUCAAGACGGAGUCUGGCACCAAGAACCUGCGCAUCCAGUGCGAGGGAGGCAGCUUCUCCUUGCAGAGCGACCCUCGCAGCAGCCAGCCCGUGCCCCGCUUCGACUGCGUGCUCAAGCUGGUACAUCACUACAUGCCACCCGCACCCUGUGCAGUCCCCGAGCAGCCAGGGGGGGGCCUGCACCCCAAGCGCACCUACUACAUCUACUCGGGUGGUGAGAAGAUCCCCUUGGUGUUGAGCCGCCCGCUCUCCUCCAGCGUCUCCACCCUGCAGCACCUCUGCCGCAAGACUGUCAACGGGCACCUGGACUCCUACGAGAAGAUGACUCAGCUGCCGGCUCCCAUUAAGGAGUUCCUGGACCAGUACGAUGCCCCUCUCUAAGGGACCAGCGGAGCGAGAUUACACGCUACAAGCACAAGAGCAGGGGACAGGCACAACACCCCACCAGCACGGGAACUCACAGGGCUCGCCAAGCCUCUCCCUCUGGCAAAGGGAGAGGGGGACUGGGGCGAGCCACCAUGGGCUGUGGCUGCGGCCAGCACUGCCUGGCACCCUUGGUGCUGGGGGGAGACCCCCUGAGGAAGCGUGACAUGCCCUCUCCAUGGGGAAGGAGACUGUUCCGGUCGGGCUGUGGAUGUUACAGUGCACCCAGUGCAGAGGCCUCCCCGUCACGGCCGGGGAGAGCCCAUUGGCAAAGCCCCCGUGGGCUGGGGCAGCCAGGAUGGCACCCGUGGCGCAGAGCGAUAUGCACCCCGGCAGCCACAUCCCCGCUGCUGCGGUGGGACCACACCUGGGGAGUGUCCUGGCAAGAGCCCCUUCUACCACUAGAGAAUGGAAAGCACUUGAGUCCAGCUAGUGCCUGAUCGCUUUUCCUCAGUUUUAAGGGGAAAGUGUUUUUUGCCCGUACUGUACUUUACCUCUUGCUGCCUCCUUGUGGGUGGAAGCUCCUUUCACACCAGGUCGCUGCCUUUCCCCCUCGUUGCUAUUUUCCAGGGGACUUAGCCUUAAUAUUCUCCCUGCCCUAUGGUCUGGGUCACUGCACAUCAUUUGGUGACGUUGAGUGAUAACAGUCCGGUGACAAGUCAUGAAGCCAGAGGGGAAACAGCGUGUCCCAUCACUGCUGAAAGUCCAGCAAGACUACGUUUGCAAGGCACACCCUGAGGACCUGGUGCUGCUGCUGGACCAUUACCCCGAGCGUUGCAGCCCUCCUCUGCCUGGCUGCUUCCCACAGACCCUGGCCACACUGCUCUGUGGGGGCACCGAUUCCUGCAGGAACGUGGCAGGAAUAUCCCCUGGAGCACAUCGUCUUGCAAGUGCUUUUCUGCGUCUGCCUGGAGAAGUGGUUGGGUUUUUCUGGCUUUUUAAAGUUUUAUUUCUUUUUUAACCGAAGGGAUGUUUACAGGCCAACGUGAAUCACUGUCUUUUAUAAAGAUUCCAUCUUCACCUCCAGCCUCGAGGGCUGAGCAAAAACAUGCUUGAAAAUUCAACCAAAACAAAACUCAGAUGAAACUUUGCACAUAUUAUUUAUAUUUAUAUUCAAAAGGGAGAUGUUUCCAUAAUUUAUAAUAAAGAGCACUAUUUUUUAAUUAAAAACCUCAGAUCUGGUUUGU